UCAAGCUGUGGAGUCCUUGAGCUAAGGGGUAGGCUUCUGUGUUGUUUCCCACUCAACUCCUCCCAGAGGAGCUCCAGGAUGACAACUAAGCAUUUGCUCCUUCCCAUCCUUCUGGCCGGCCUGUGUUUCCUGGCUGUCUACUGCCACCUGGCUGAGGAAGAAAAGUGGAAUAAAGAUGGGGGUCUGGGGAGAAACUCUACCCUGAGCCUGCCUGACUUUCCUUCUGUCUCCAUCGUGGCACUGAACAAGAAAUCCAAGAAGCUCAUCCAGAAAGAGAUAGAAACCAAGAAAUCUCCAGAGAAAAAGGCCCUGGUGAAGAAGAGCCAUCGGCCCCCACCUCCAGCCAACUGUGUGGCCACGUGGGGCAACUGCCAGCCCCUGGCAUCGCCCUGCUGCAACCCAUGUGCGAUAUGCCACUGUCGCUUCUUCCGUAGCGUCUGCUCCUGCCGCCUCUUCCGACCCAGAUGCUGAGCUCCCAACCUGGCCCCUAGUGCCCCGGGAGGAGAGGGUGGCUGGGGACCUCCCUCCCAGUGGCCUCUGAGUUUUCACCCAUGGUUCCAUCUUGAUGUGCUCAAGCAGGACCCCAGAAACCCAGUUAUGCCUCCCUCCUCUCGUGCUCUCCUUAGUGACUUCUCCCUGGAUGUAGUUGCUGUCUCCAUCUCAUCUCAAGUCCUUGAAUUCAAAAAAGAAAGAUAACCAAGAUGGUAGGGAAAGUGGGGGCAAUCCCACCCCAAAUGGUGAUGGGAACCACCUCUGACUUCCACCCCAAAAUUUUUGUCCUUCUUUCCUUCCACCCCCAAUCUCCCUCCUCCCCAAAAUCCUUGUGCCCCUGAUGACUCACUCCUACUAAAGUAAAUGUGGCUAAUGGCCCUGGAAAGGGCUACUGGCUCUGAGGGAUUCCUGAUAAUCAUUUCAUUCCCCUACUCUGAAACCCUGAGCUGCCUAUAGGAUGAGGUCCAAAUUCCUCAGCCUGCCUUAUGAGGCCUUAACCCAUCCGUCCCCCAGUUUCCAUUUAUGCAGUGAACCUUCCAUGACCUCAUGGGAAAAGAGUUCCUCUUCCCCGGUGUUUGUGACAUACUAUUCCUGCUGAGCACACCAAAACAUAGGAAUCUCAGUUCAAGGCUGCAUAAACAUUUCCAAGAUCUCCUGAGAACAGGUUAACUCCCCUGUUCACAUUCUGGGGAGGAUUGGGGAGGAUAGAUUGAUUCUCUCGAGAAGAGCUUUAAAUCUUGUGUGCUGCUUACAAUAAACGUUCAUUAUCCCUGCUUUGAUAA